AUGCACCGGGAUCGAGCCGGCGACCGCGGUUUCCAUUCAGUGUCGGAGCUAGCGCACACCACAAGCGUGCGGUGCGGCGCGGACACCGAAGCGGUGCACGGUGAUGCUCGGGGGCGCAUUGCGCGGGCCCAGGCGUGGAGCGGUGCAGUCCGGGACGACGCGGUGUGGUGCGGAUGCGGUGCAAUCCACGUGCGACGCGGCGCGCCGAACGAAAAAACGAAAAAAAGCGGCGACGACGGGACGCGAACCGGCGACCGCGGCUCCCAAGCGGCGACGGAGCUAGCGAAAACGACGCAGCUCCGAAACCGCGAACGACACGGCGAAAAAGGCCAACUCUCCAGAGGCUCGACCAGACGGACGGACGGACAGACGGACGUUAAGCUGGGCGACAGAGCCAGCGCGCACCACGAAGCGGUGCGCGGCGAUGCUCCGGAGCGCAUUGCGCGGGCCCAGCCUAAGGUCUCCGUCCCGACGACGGAACGACUAAACGUCGUCCGUCUAACGUCGGGACUACGACGACGGACGCUAAGCUGGGCGUUCACGGGUUUCGGUUGCACGGCGAUCGAGGAGGCGGAGUUCGGCCGCCAGGUCGGGGUCCAGCUUGGUUGCUGCCAUGAACUGUUUGACGACUCGUGUUCGUUCGUCGGGUGUGGUAGAGAGCGGGCGGAGGAGGCGGAUGUGGUCGAGUGUCUUGUAGCGGGUGAGCAACACGUACGUGGUUGCACGCUUGAGGCCACUGGGCGGGACGGAAAGGUCCGCGACCCAGCAUUCUUCCUUGAAGCUACGGCCCUGUACGAAGUAGUCGGUGACGGCGUAGUAGUCACCAAGUGGUACAUUGACUCGACGUACAUUUUUGGUGGUGGUGCCGGUGUUGGCGGCUGGCACGGUGAUGUUUGCUGCCGCCCUGUAGUCCGGGUCUUGAUGGGCAGCAGCUCGUGCAGCCGUGUCCCGGUGUUGUUCUGCAGCCCUGCGCCCCGGAUCCAGAUGAGCAUCCCGCAUCCGGGCUGCAUCUACGCUGAGUGUACCCAGGCGCUCAUGACUGCGUGUCCCAGUCCGCUGGGGUGA